UCCAAUCAGCAUCUCUUACCCUGGUAGCAUUUACUCAAAAAACUUGGCAAACAUCGAGAGACCUAAAGGCUAAAACGAUAUUGCCUUGAGAAUAUCAUGAAUGAAAAUGGGACAAAACUAAGAAACCUAAAACUUUAAGGCCUUUUUUGCAAUUAACCCUUUUCUUAAAGAUCGUCAACAUCCCUGCCGCCACUUCAUACCUAAUUCCUUACUUUGAAAAAUGUCUGCAAAUUUCUCUAAUGGAUCUCUCCAUUUCCCUCCAAUUCCCGCAACACAUAUGAAAUUCACCCAUAUUUCGUCCCUAAAUUUCAACUUCUGUCGUCAAUAUCCUUGUAAGAAACCCACCAGAUACGCAAUUAUCUCUGGUUCAACGAUUCGAUCUAAGAGAAAUUCCAAGUCUGAGGAAAAUGCAGAGGCUCAAGAACUGGUACGGACACUCUUGAAGAACUUUAACUAUGACAAGCCGUUGCUGUCGACACUAAACAAGUACGUCAAGUUAGUGAGGACAGAGCACUGUUUUCUACUGUUCGAGGAGCUUGGCAAGUCUGAUAAGUGGCUUCAAUGUCUUGAGGUGUUUAGAUGGAUGCAAAAACAACGUUGGUACGUAGCAGAUAAUGGGGUCUAUUCUAAACUAAUUUCAGUGAUGGGAAAGAAGGGACAAACUCGAAUGGCAAUGUGGCUCUUUUCAGAGAUGCGAAACAGUGGGUGCAGACCUGAUACAUCUGUAUACAAUGCACUUAUCACUGCCCACCUUCACUCAAAGGACAAGCCCAAGGCUUUAUCUAAGGCUCUUGGAUACUUUGAUAAAAUGAAGGGUACAGAACGGUGCAAACCUAGUAUUGUGACAUACAACAUUCUGCUCAGAGCAUUUGCUCAAGCACGAAAUGUUGCUCAGGUAGAAGCUCUAUUUAAAGACCUGGAGGAAAGUAUUGCCACCCCUGAUAUUUUCACAUUCAACGGUGUUAUGGAUGCUUAUGGUAAGAAUGGGAUGAUAGGUGAAAUGGAAGGGGUACUUGCCCGUAUGAAGAGUAAGCAGAUAAAACCAGAUAUCAUUAGCUAUAAUUUGUUGAUUGAUUCAUAUGGAAGAAAGCAAGAAUUUGAAAAGAUGGAACAAGUGUUUAAGAGCUUGUUGCGGUCAAAAGAGAGACCUACGCUUUCUACAUUUAAUUCAAUGAUAACGAAUUAUGGGAAAGCACGACUUAGAGGGAAAGCAGAUUUGGUUUUUCAGAAGAUAACAGAUAUGGGAUACACGCCAAACUUCAUCACGUAUGAAUGCAUGAUCAUGAUGUAUGGAUGCUGUGAUUGUGUUUCAAGGGCAAGGGAGAUAUAUGAUAAAAUGAUAGAGUCAGAAAAGAUAGUAAAGGUUUCAACUUUAAAUGUCAUGCUCAAUGUCUACUGCUUGAAUGGCUUAACAAUGGAAGCAGAUAGGCUGUUUGAGACUGCUUGUAGUAGUGAGAUGUUCCGUGUAGAUUCUUCAACAUAUAAACUUCUGUAUAAAUCCUACACAAAAGCAAACAUGAAAGAGCUGUUACAGAAACUGAUGAAGCAUAUGGACCGAGAUGGGACACACGAAAAUGAUCUGGAUUGCUCUGUUUGUGAUCUAGUUCAGCAUGGUGCAGGGGGAUUCGCCUUACCAACGGACAGAAACAGCAGGGAUGGUGGACUUGCUGUCCUGGUUAUGAUGCAUUAGAGGAGGUUAAGGGAAAUGAAAGCUGAUUGCAGACCCCAUCUAAUGGAAAAGAAAAGCAAGAUAAAGAGCAGAAACCAUCGAACAGCAAAGAGAUUAGGGAAGCAGAAGGAAGACCGUGCAGCCUGGUAACAGGAUGACUCACUGUGUCUUUUUAUACUUCUCUAUUGUUUAUGUUUGUUUAAAGUACUGGUUUGGCUACUUUUCUAUUAGCUUGUGUUUAUUUUGGUUAUUGGUAUUUAGUAAUUUGGUGCAAAGGAUGUUAAAACCACUUCUGCUUAGAAUUUUGGAUUGGUGCACACCACAUGAACUUUUGGGGUCUGUCCCGUUUGUU